ACCAAUUCUCCCCUGGCGGUGACGGUCACAGUCGCUCCGGACGCCGGAAUUAAACCGCUUGUUCGUUUUAUUCUGAUGCUUCCUCUUUCCGGUAACUCCUCGCCGGCGGAGCACCACCCGAAGAAGUUCAAAUCGUCCGAGUUGUUCGACAAGAAGAACGCGUUCAACUCGUUGUUACAGCAAUUUCAUCAUCAACAAUCUCGGCUAUGGCUUCUCCUUGUAAUCCUCUCUCUCCAGAUCCUUCUUCUCUUCACCAUUCGCUUCCUCCCUCUCCCUCUCCCACCGGCGCUUUCCUCUUCCACCAAUCGCCUCCGCCGCUUCCCCUCCGUCGCCGUCGUCUCCUCCGCCGCUGCCGAUGAAUGUAAAAACGGCCGGAUCUUCGUCUACGAUCUGCCGUCGGCAUUUAACAAGGAUAUUCUCGAAAACUGCGACAAUCUGAAUCCGUGGAGCUCGAGUUGCAGAGCGAUGGCGAACGGCGGAUUCGGACAGAGAGCGGAUUCUCUCGCCGGAAUCAUUCCGGAGAAUCUUCUUCCGUCGUGGUAUUGGACGGACCAAUUCGUGACGGAGAUUAUUUUCCAUAACCGUAUUGUGAAGCAUAAAUGCCGUGUUUCAGAGCCGGAAUUGGCUACGGCGUUCUACAUACCGUUUUACGCUGGACUCGCAGUGGGGAAAUUCCUCUGGACGAAUUCAACCGUAGAGGAUCGGGAUCAGCACUGCCGUAUGAUUCUUAGAUGGCUUGCAGAUCAGGAGUAUUACAAAAAAUCCAACGGCUGGGAUCAUUUCAUUACAAUGGGACGAAUCACAUGGGAUUUCCGCCGGAGCAAGGAUAAGGAUUGGGGAUCGGAGUGUAUUUAUUUGCCCGGAAUGAGGAACAUAACUCGGCUUCUGAUUGAGCGAAAUCCGUGGGAUUAUUUUGACGUCGGUGUACCCUACCCCACAGGAUUCCACCCCAGGGGCCAGGACGACGUGACGGCCUGGCAGGACUUCGUCCGCACGCGCCGUCGUACGCAUCUCUUCUGCUUCGCCGGUGCGACUCGCGCCGCCUUUGGCAACGACUUCCGAGCGGUACUUCUCGACCAAUGCCGCAACUCCACGGCGGAGAAAUGCCGCGUUGUCGACUGCGCUGGUAGUCGCUGCACCAACGGCACAUCGGCGAUUCUGGAGACGUUUCUCUCCUCAGAUUUUUGCCUACAGCCGAGAGGGGACAGUUUCACGCGGCGGUCGAUCUUCGAUUGCAUGAUUGCCGGAGCGAUUCCAGUGUUCUUCUGGCGGCGGACGGCGUAUUACCAGUACGAAUGGUUCUUACCUAGCGAACCGGGGAGUUACUCGGUUUUUAUAGACCGGAACGCGGUGAAGAACGGGACGGCCUCCAUUGAAGCGGUUCUGGAGAGGUUUAGCAGAGAGGAAGUGAGGGAGAUGAGAGAGAGAGUGAUCGAGUCAAUUCCGAAGCUCGUUUACGGCACCGGCGGCGUCAGAGACGCGUUCGACGUGGCCGUCGAUGGGGUUUUGAGGAGGUUUAAAGAGCAAAAUGAGUGGGGGUACAAGUGGAAAUAAGGAAAAGUAGAGGGGGUAGAAAUGCAAAUAAUGAAAGAAAAGGGGGGAAAACUGUAAUCGGUAUAUAUUUGUGUAUGUAGGGAGAUUAUACGAUUCUUUUGGACCGAAUAACAAAUUUGGAGGGUAAUUUUGAUAAAGUUAGGGGAAGGGUAUAAUUGCAAAAAGUGAGAAAAGUUGGAAUUUUGGUGGGGCCCUUGGGAUAAUGUUGUAUUGUAGCCCAAAAUUGGAUUUUUAUUUAGAAAAAUGAAAGGUUUGGAAUCAAAGCUUUUUGGUUUC